AUGACCUUCACGAACAUCAUCUGUUCUGCCAACGAAUGUCUCACCAAAGUUCUUGUUCGAGGAGAAUCUUCCGACUUCUUAGAUGAUCAGUUCAUGCAUGGCACUGCUCGUUUCGCUGAUAUGCUAAGCAAACUCGCAAGAGAUCUGCAAGCUCCGCCAGAGGACGGGACCGAGUUCUUGAUGAAUGAAAUCAAGAUUCUUGAAAAGUGCAAAGGUGUUACCUUACCUAACUUUGCUCCGCGACGAGCGUUCUUGGCUAUACUCUCACGAUAUGUGGAUGCAGUACAUGCCAAGCCGGUUGUGUUCAUCAAGGAGGUAUGUGACUACAUUCAAGUCGUUCUCACUUCGGUCGUCACAGAAUGUUCUGAGAACUUCCCACAGAUUCAGUCUUCUAUCAAACGAGCUGGUAGGAGUCUGAUCAGCAAGAUGAAGGAACAGUCGGUGAACAGAGUGACUGAGAUUGUCCAGAUGGAGAAAAUGACGGAUUACACUUGCAGCCCCGAGUACAUGACGGUUUACACUCAGAAGAUUGUUGCGCAAGAAAGCUUUGUGGCUGCUGUGCGGAACAACAGUUCAACCUACCCGAUAAAUGCGUAUGGAUUUGUGAAUGUUGGGCUUGCGCAUCUAAGGAAAUAUGACUCGAACUUGCUUAGACAGGCGUUCGACAUGAAGGUGAGGGUUGAUGCCUACUGGACCAUUGUCGUGCGAAGGAUUGUGGACAAUCUUGCAAUGUACCUUCAGUUCUCUGUCAACAAUCUUGUGAACAGUGAGUUUCAGAAGGAGAUGGUGAAAGUAGGAGGCGGUGGAGAAGUUGAGAGGAUGAUGGAGGAGUCACCGUUGGUGGCGAGCAAGAGGAAGAAGUUGAAGAACAGUAUCAAGCUCUUGAAGGAGUCGAAGGAAGCUGUGGCCGCCAUUGUUGAGUGA